AUGAAAUUAGAUCCCUUGAGUAGGUUAGAUGAAACAAGUUCUAUCCAAUAUUCAGAGUCACUGUGUCAGUAUCUAAUCAAUUCAAAAGACAAAACCGAAAGUAUCAACAUAGUUGUUGUGUUGUUGAAGGUACUGGAUAUUUCCCCGUCUAGUGAGAAACUCACCUCCCUCUUCACCAAAGAUCUACUCCAUUAUGUUUUGGAGAUAACAACUCAACUCUCUUCUCCCGAAUCUGUCAGAUCGGUUGUGAAACUGCUCAUAUUUUUCGUCUCUGGUAACAUAUUUAAAGCUCAUCCAGUGUAUAGGACUUUGCUUGAUGCAUUGAUUGAGAAGGAACAGUACACUUCUUCUUUAGCUAGCAUGUUGCCAAUCCAUGAUUCUAAGCUACCUGCUACCAUUUUGGAUUUUUACUAUAAAAUGUUGUACAUUGCUACAGAAUCAAGAAUCCCUGAACUCGCAAUGCUGUAUCGCAACUUGAAAAGGGGCAAUUUUUACACUGGGCUGUUGACUUUAAAGUAUGAACAGGGCAUGGAUAUGGAUGCCGCAUUUCGUUACCAUGAGUUGAUUCGGUGUAGUCAUAAAGCAGAACUAAUUCUGUUUGAAACAAAGAUUCAACUGAAAUAUGACUGCCACAAUUUUAUUUUUACUCUUUUAUUGCAAUCGUUGAACACUUCUUUGAAUGAGAAUGGUACACCCGCCACAAAGGGUGAGUUUGUAAGAGCUGGGUUUACUGACAACCCUCAGAAAUUUAUACUGUCCAAGUUAUCAGUGCUGUCUGCUCUUCAGUUCAACAACUUUCUUUUGAGUUUGAACGUUGCUUUUAAGAAGACAUACUUUGAGCAAUUGAUGUUUUCUCAAGACGAUCGCUGCUUCCCAAUCAUUGAAGUUGGCAUCAUGAGUAGUGACAAACUAUACCAAAUCCUAAAUACCGACAAGUAUCCUAGCUUGAAGCAACACACAAUCAGCAGCGAACUAUUAUACACUAACUUGAUGGGACUGGCCCUGAGAAUUUGGAAAGAUAGCCAGGCCGAUACUUCUGAUUUGCAAGUCAUUUCAGUUUUGCUAGACUACGCUAUGAUUUAUUUAGAACAACUUAUUUCUCAAAACGAGAAUUAUACUGUUGCGAUCCAAACGGUUCACGAUUUGACCUACGAGGAGCUUAGAGUAUUUCAGAGGAAUCAGAUCAAAAAGUCACAUAAGAGAGUCUGGAAAGAAGAAACUCAUUCCGUUUCCAAGAUUAUUCAUAAAGAAGUUCUGGAAUUUAUCAAAGAGGAAAGGUUUCUGCAACUAUCUCACGGUUCAUGGGUCUAUAGUGAAAAUCCAAUAGAAGCGGCAGCCAACAACAAAAAACCAAGAUCUUACUUCAUGAUCCUAUCUCCGAACAUUCAAUCAAUAAUCUACAAAGAAUACACCGACCAACUGACCACUAAGCCUAACAUAGAUUCCAAUGGUGCGGUCUUAGAUCUAUCCAAGAUCUCCAGAAUUGUUGCCAUUCCUUUGCAACAUGAGGAAUCAGUCCCAGAGAACUCCAGGUUGAUUUCUCUUGCAUCUAGAACUUUUUAUGAGCGAAUUGAUCUGAUCAGUAAGCAGAAUCAGAUAAUAUUCACAUUCUACACCAGUACUAAGGAGGCCUCAUACACUUGGUCAGAUGGCUUAAAAUUUUUAACCAAUUCGACUAAGGAUCUUUCACCAGAUACUCGCAAGCAAAUAAGUGACUUACAAUCACUACGAGAAAGCAUUCAAUUGCUGAAAUUGGGAAAGAAAGAAUCUCAACAAUUAAGUUGUUCGGCCUCAGAUUCAGCACCUUCGUAUGAUGCUUCUAGGUUUGAUACCUUACUUACAGGAUUCUAUUACACUUAG